GUGCUUGUGGUAGAUUCCAAUCAUUAUGCCCCGCAACAAACACAACCACCACAAACACAUAUUUAGCUACAAGCAGAGUGAUCAAGUAAUAUUCGAUUUGCCUACCGGAUACCCUCGAACCAUUUUCAGAGUCCUCUCACUCAAGUACUAACCCAUUGAACCCAUUGCGCGGUCGAAAUCCAACGGUGUCAGCAAGGUUUGCACUACGCUGGGGCGUGUGUUCUUUUUUAAAACAACUGUCGAAACACAACGCAAGCCCUCUCACAGGCUUCAGGAGCCAGCAUUCUAUUCUCCAAAUCGAAAAUAACACGAGGAAACACCCAUUGAGGAGAAGAGGGAAAAAAGAAGUCGAAAAACAAAACAGAAAAAAAAAAAUGCCUCGCCCGGCAUCCCCCCUCUCAUCGCGCCCAAUAUCCUCCUCCGCCAAUGACUACGAUACCGAUAUCGAUAUCGACCCAACAGCCGCAGAUAAUAAUGACAAUGACGCACCCGCAACGAUAACGACGGGGGCCACAACUGAUCCGACGGCGACUAACCCGCUCCUCCGUGAAAACCCCCUCCUCACCCCGCUAGAACAAGAAGUGCUGGAUGAGUAUGUGCGGUUAUUGGGGAAUAUGAAUAAGCUCUCCGAUUCCCUCGCGCACCUCUCCACCCGCCCUGCGGCGGAAACGCUCGAUGCCCUGCGCCUACUGGAACGCAAGACGGCGACGGUGUGCACGCUGCUCAAGGCGAGUGUGUAUAGUAUUGUGUUGCAGCAGCAGAUUUAUAAUGGGGAGGAUGGGGAUGGGCAUAGGCAUGAUCAUCAGCAUCAGCAUCAGCAUCAGCAUCAUGGAGGUGAGGGGGGUUAUGAUGGGUAUGGGGAGGGUGAUUAAUUGGAGGGAUUGGGGUGAUUUAAGUUGUAUGUUGUGCGUGCGUGAUAUGGAGUGGGUGGGUUAAUGGGCCAUUUUAUUUUCUUUCUGUCUUCUUUAUACCCUCGUCGCUGGCUGGCUGGAUAGAUGGCGUUUUCGGUCUCCGAUUCUCUUUUUUUAUGCAUGGAUUUCAAUGGAUGAUGAAGGAGACGGUCCGGAUCUGUGGUUUUUUAUAAAAGAAGAUAUAGAUAAUUAAGCAGGUCGUUGAAAACAGACAGAAGACAAUAUCUUUAUUCUAAUAUAAAAAAUAACACAUACAUACUAAUACAAGUAUAUGCCAUCACCGUCACCGUAUAAUAGCAGGAGUGGGUAGAG